AUGGCAAACAGCAAGGACGAUCGAGAGCCUACCUUACGUAGUGGAAAUGAUUAUGAUUCGGUCUUUGAUCCAAAUGCGUAUCUAACACUAUAUUAUAGUGAUGUAGAAGGCUAUAAGGCGGGACUGCUACAGUUUAGACUAAAGACACUGCAUGAGAUUUUCAGUACAGGGCGUGCAUCUGUGAAGGAAAAAAAACUGGAAAUGUUAAUUUUGACGGCAAGUAAGAUAAAAGGAACUCGACUGCUGGACAUCGGUACAGGCCCGUGCAUUCACAGUGUCAUUAGUGCGUCCAAAUGGUUUGACGAAAUAACACUAACGGAUUUUGCCGAUGUUAACCGAAGAGCGCUAAAGAAAUGGUGGCUGGAAGAAGAUGGAGCUUGGAACUGGGACCCGUUUUUUAAAUAUGUGGCAAAAUUAGACGGAAACGAGGGAAAAUGGGAGAAAUACAGGGAAAAGCUUCGAAAGAAAAUCAAAGACGUUCUAGUGUGUGACGUCCAUAAGGUGAACCCGAUCUCCCCACAUAAAGCCGGUCGGUACAUGUAUGACGCCAUAACCAGCUGCCAAUGCCUAGAGGUCGCCAGUGCUGAUACUGAGGCAUACAAACAAGCCAUCAAAAACGUGGUGUCCUUUCUAAAAGUCAACGGUUACUUCGUGUUGAUUGGCAAUUUAAACGACCGGUUAUACCAUGUUGGACAAGAGACGUUUUUCUGUUUACCAUUAGAGAAGGAAACGGUAGAAGAGGCGCUUGAGCAAGCGGGACUGGAAAAUAUCACUUGGUGUCAGUACGAUGUCGGUAAAGAAGAUGAUGAAAUGGAAUGCAUUUUAUUUGUCGCCUCAGCAACAAAAAAGGCAGUUAUGUAG